CGCGAUUUUUCUUUCUCGGUCUCGCUCUGUGUUAUUUUAUUUAUCUUUUUGCCUAGAGACUGACGACAGGGAUUACUGCACUUAGGGAUCCCUGAAGUGGCCGGGCCGGAGAGUGAGACCCCAGUCCUAGGCUGGGGUUCUUUCCAAAUAGAGGAAACGGAUCCAGAGGGGCUACAGACCAAAAUCGUUGAAAACCAGACUUACGAUGAGCGUCUAGAGAUUAACGACUCAGAAGAGGUCGCCAGUAGUAGCACUCCAACCCCAGGACAUCAAGGCCCCCUGGUUUCUGCAGGUCUUCCUAAGGAGACUAUGGCUGACAACAGCAGCGAUGAGUACGAAGAGGAAAACGACAAGGAGAAGAAGAAGCCCUCACAGCUGACCCCUCAGCGGGCCUUCAGUGAAAACGAUGAUGAUGACGACGACGAUUCAUCCGAGACCGACUCUGACGACGACGACGACGAUGACGAGCAUGGCGCACCUCUGGAAGGGGCCUAUGAUCCUGCAGACUAUGAGCAUCUGCCAGUCUCAGCUGAGAUCAAGGAGCUCUUUGAGUACAUCAGCCGGUACACUCCUCAGCUGAUCGAUCUGGACCACAAACUGAAACCUUUCAUUCCUGAUUUUAUCCCAGCUGUUGGGGAUAUUGAUGCAUUUUUAAAGGUGCCGCGUCCUGACGGAAAGCCUGACCACCUUGGCCUCUUGGUGUUAGACGAGCCAUCUACAAAGCAGUCGGACCCUACUGUGCUCUCACUGUGGUUAACAGAGAAUUCCAAGCAGCACAAUAUCACGCAACAUAUGAAAGUAAAGAGCCUGGAAGAUGCAGAAAAGAAUCCCAAGGCCAUUGACACCUGGAUUGAGAGCAUCUCUGAGUUACACCGUUCUAAGCCCCCUGCGACUGUGCACUACACCAGGCCCAUGCCUGACAUUGACACGCUGAUGCAGGAGUGGUCCCCAGAGUUUGAAGAACUCUUGGGAAAGGUGUUGGGCUUACAGGCCCUUUUGACUGUAAAGUUGAGCCUUUUGACUGUGGUUCAUCCUGUGUUGCUUCCAGCUAUCCUGGACAUUCCUUUCUACAAGAGCCGGAUUCAGUCCCUGCACCUGCUCUUUUCCCUCUACUCAGAAUUCAAGAACUCCCAGCAUUUUAAAGCUCUCGCUGAAGGCAAGAAAGCGUUCACCCCUCCAUCCAACUCUGCCUCCCAGGCUGGGGAUGCAGAGACACUGACCUUCAUCUGAGCCUCCUGGGGCUGUGUUUGAAAGUCAGGUGAAGACAUGGUCUUUGUUGGCAGCUUAACAUUUGCCUGCUCCACUGCUGGGCCUGGCCAGCACGAGACCUGCCACCUGUCUGCAAGAGCAGGCGCACAUUUGCCACUGGGUUUCUUCCACUUGCCUGGUUGCCUUUCCCAAGAAAGGAUGGAUCCACGCUGCUGUGGGCGUUUGAGUUGGAAGAACUGGAUUUCUGAGAGCCACAGGACACAGGUUGGGGGUGGAGCUUCCAAAAACACCUUUUAGUUAGCUGGAAGUGAUUUACACCCAAAAUAUUCUGAUAGGUUGUGAUAGAAUACAUAUUUGGUUUUCA